UCCAAAAGCCGCCACCAAGCUCGCGCCACGCCGCUCGACCUCGCAGCUCCCACCGAACCAUGGCGCUCCGAGCCGUGCAAUCGAUCCUGCGCCUGGACCCGACGGCGCGCCUCGCGUCGCACAUCGUGCGCCGCUUCGCGGACAAGGCGGCGCCGGCGGCGGAGCCCGCGGCCAAGCCCAAGGGCUGGUGGAGCAGCGCCGAGUUCUGGGGCGGCAUGGGCGCGCUCGCCGGCUGGGGCAUGACGGGCGCGGCCAUCUACGACGCCCAGUUCUCCGGGCCCGAGAAGAUCUCGCUGACGAUGACGCCGGUCAUGAUCGUCUACUCGAGCCUCUUCGCGCGGUGGGCGUUCGUCGUCAAGCCGCAGAACAUGAUGCUCGCGGCCUGCCACGCGUCGAACGUCGUCGCCCAGACGAACCAGAUGCGGCGCGCCAUCGAGCACAAGCUGUCCCUGGGCCAGGACGCCGAGGUCCGCGACAUCGGCGUGAAGGCCGGCGCGGGCGCGGCGGGCAUCGCGGGCCUCGUCGUCGCGGGCCCGUCGCUCCAGGCGGCGAUCGUCGGCGCGAACCUGGGCCCCGUGUCGACCUUCGCGGGCGCCGCCGCGGGGCCCUUCACGGUCCACUUCUGGGCGCCCAUGUCCAAGUGGAUGAUCAGCGGCGCGUCGAUGUUCGAGCUCGACCGGCCCGUGGAGAAGAUCUCCCUCGCGCAGUACACGGCCCUCACGCUCACGGGCGCCUUCUUCUCGCGCUACUCGCUCCUCGUCAACCCCGUCAACUACAUGCUCUGCUCCGUCAACAUCGCCCUCUUCGGCUCCUCCGCGUGGCACCUCGGCCGCAAGGUCAAGGCCGACUACGUCGACCCGAAGUAGGGAUGCGGCUGGGGCGCGCUCUAAGGUUAUGUAUACUCGCG